CGUCGAAAAUACAUGACUACUCAUCAUUCAAUGCUGCUACAUCUACCUACCUAAAUAAUACACUACAGUACAUAGCAGAUAGAUAUGCAUUGUAAAGGUGUACGAUCUCCAAUAGUUAGAGGAUAUCUUGCUUCAACAUUGGAAUUUAAAUAUUCAACGUUCCAGUUAUCAAGUUAAAGCACACACGUCAUUUCAAUAGAGCGAUCUUCAUUAGUCCAAGACUCCAAGGUCAUACCUACUACCUAGUACUAAUCUACUAGGUUAUCUCGGUGUACUCCGGCUUCGGCAAACAUGGGCUUCCUCGAAUUCCUCUCGGCUACAUUCGGAUGGAUCUAUACGUUAUCUUGGUCGCUGUCUUUCUACUCUCAGCCUCUCCUCAACAUUCGAAGAAAAUCAACCUCGGGUACUACUGUCGAUUACCCCUUCAUUAACACUUUUGGCUUUCUCGCAUACCUUAUCUACAAUCAGGUAUUCUACUCAUCGCCAGUAAUCCGCCACCAAUAUGCUCUUCGCAACCAUGGCCACACGCCGACCGUCGCAAUCAACGACAUUGUCUUCGCCGCGCACGCUUUUAUCGUCAGCGUCGUCCUAACCACACAGUACUUCCUGCCCUCGCUCUGGGGCUUCGACCGGGCCCCCGGAACGCGACCAUCGCGCUUCAUCCUCGGCGUCGUAAGCGGGUCCUUCGUCGCCGUCGCCAUCAUCAUCGCAGUCGUCGCAUCCGGGCCAGCGGACGCAGACCCGAAGACGACGUGGGCAUGGCUUGACGUCGUCUACACGAUCUCCUACGUCAAGCUACUGAUCACGCUCGUCAAGUACGCGCCGCAGCUCGCGUACAACUUCCGCAACCGCAGCACCAAGGGAUGGAGCAUAGGGCAGAUCCUGCUGGACUUCCUCGGCGGCCUGCUGAGUAUCGCUCAGCUGAUCAUCGAUUCCUGGCUCCAGGGCGACUGGAGCGGCGUAACGGGCAACCCCGUCAAGUUCGCGCUGGGCAACGUGAGUAUGCUGUAUGACCUGUUCUUCAUGACUCAGCACUACGUGCUUUACCGAGACGAUGGGUCGCCGAAGGAUGGCGAGCGCGAUUCACUGCUUGAAAGGGGCGAGGAGCGGCAGAGACUAGAUUAGGCGUAUGGGGAAUGGCAAUUCUCGAUAUAGUACACAAGUACUUCACGUUGGAUAUAUAGGUAGAAAUAGCUUCACAGUUGUAGCACGUGACCACCCGAUCGCAUGCACAAACAUUGAGCCACUGCAUGCCGAUAAUACCGGGCAACUUGAAAGGGUUCAAACCUUAUCCAAUACCCUCGCGACUGGAUUUGUUCCAGUUAUAUCGAUAUAAAUGGAUAACCGUCCUUAAUUUUAGAUCGUUCGCAAAAUCUACCUUAGCAGCAAUUGAAAUAUUCCGAUUCCAACCAGCCUGCUGCUUGGGUGACCGGGGGCUUCUAAAAAUUCCCCUGAUAUUAGUCAACUUCAAACGGAUUAAAAUGCAGCACGUUCUUGGCAGUUCGGCAUAUGUAUUUAUAGAUGGAAGCUUUCUCGAAGGAGCGUGAAACGUGAUCAGCAAGCCCUGCCACACUAUUCAGGUACCCAGUGCCGUGUUUGGUAUCAGCUUAGAAGCUUAGUUUGAAGUUCCCCCUUCUGUGAGAGCAUGGUUUCUGGAGGAAUUAUUUUAGGCAACUUGUUUCUCACCGGCACCUACACACUGACCUAAUUUGGUACGUAGGUAACUACCCGGAAUAUAAGAACUAAUCAUUAUUCACGGGGUACGAACCCGACAGCUUGGAGACGAGCUCAGCAUGUGCCAGAGUCACCUC